CUCGUUCGAAAAUCUCAUAUAUAUAUCGAUUCUCGUAUCGUGACCGCGACGACAUCUCCACAUCUCGGCGUCCGCCAGUUUGUGUUCAUCAUGGCUUCGACGGAGUCUCUGGUGUGCGACACUCUCGACCUGAGCGGCCAGGGCCUCAAGAAGCUCAGCCGGUGCCCCUCGGACGCUGAUAUCAGCACGUUGAUCAUAGACGACAAUGAUCUGCAGCGGCUCGAAAAUCUGGAAUCUUACCACAGAAUUACGAAGCUUUCGAUAAUCAGAAAUCAACUGCUACGGAUGUACGGUGUGUCGAAGUUACAUAAUCUUGUUACCCUCAAUUUGGCGAACAAUGGUAUACUCACGAUAGAAGGUAUCAAGGACAUGACCAAUUUGCAGACUCUCUGUUUAGCCGGUAAUAAUAUCAAGUCCAUUGAACAUUUACACACAAAUACCAAAUUGGAGCAUCUGGAUUUGUCGGAAAACAGCAUCAGCCAUAUCUCAGAUAUAUCUUAUCUGCGAAGUUUGAAGGAACUCUUUUUACAUAACAAUCGCAUAAUAACACUGCGCCAGUGUGAGCGCUACUUGCCCACGUCCCUGGAGACGUUCACAUUAGCAAAUAACAACAUUACUGACUUGAAUGAAAUGUCCCACCUGGCUAAUCUAAAAAAUCUGGUGAAUUUCUCGAUUGCUAACAAUCCGUGUGUCAGCAUAACUGGUAACAGUAUCGGGUUUGACUAUCGGCCUUUUGUUAUUAAUUGGUGUAUGAGCUUAAAGUCGAUCGACGGUUAUGCGGUUGAUCCUCUUGAAAGCUUGAAAGCAGAGUGGCUGUAUUCUCAGGGACGAGGUAGACAAUUCCGCGUUGGUGAACACGCCUUACUUGCUCAAUAUCUUGCGUCUGUCUGCCCACUUUCGGGCGAGUCCUUAGAGAACGAGACGGACCGGAAACUUAGACUUAUACUGAGCAAAGCUCAACAUCACCAACAGCAGUUGAAUCAACAGAGCGAUACCGGGAGCGUGCACAGCUUGAGUAGCGUGGCAAUGAGUCCUUCCCCAGCCGCUAGACGUAGACUUAGCCAAAACAGGACAAAUUCUCCCAGACGACCUACUUCCUCGAGGAACCCCUUGAAAAUGAAAUCGCCAGACCGAAUGGUAUCCAGCUGUCAUACUGAGGCCAUGGUUUCUUCAUGUCAUGGUUUAUUGAGUGGUGAUCACGAAUCGACUCUGAUGACCCAAAGCUUAGAUCCUAAUAUGCUCUCUGGUACACUGAGCAACAAAACGUUAAACAAUAGUUUGCAGGACAUGGAAGAGACAUCGAGCCCUCUGCAAGCGGCAACGAAAUUAGUACCGGUGCCAGAGUCUCUGAUGAGUCCAGACUUUCGUCCACCGUCUGGCCUUUCACGGAUUUUACUGAAGACUCCCACGUCGAGUAAAUUAAACUCUCCCUGUCAAAUCACAAUACCUAGUAAACCAUCUAUGGACGGCGAUGGAAAGGCAAUUCCGAUCAUAAACACCGUAAAUCCAAUGGCAAAAACGAAUCUAAGUGCUGUAAAGGCGAAUGCGCUUGUGAAAAGUAGUUCCGCGACAAAUUGCAGCGUCGUGAGACCGAACAUAGCGAAACCGAUCGUGACAUACGCUAACAGUAAGUGUCCACACAGCGUGAAGAUAAACAAUUACGUUCAGAGCAAGACCUUGCCUGCGAAGAGAAGCACGAGGAGUCCAAAUUUAGCUAGAAGCAUACAGCGACCGAAGAGUGCGAACGAGAGACUCAAGAGCAACUUGAACAAAGACGAGAAAGACGGCGACGCUGGAAUUCAGAGCAGCGACGAGGAUAGUGAGGUGUGUCAGGCGAAAUUGGAUGGUAUUCGACAUAGGGCUAUCCAAAGAAGACAAGAAGACAGUAAUAAAGAUCAAGAUCAGACAGAAAAGGCUGCUAUCUGUAUUCAAAGAAUGUGGCGAGGCUAUCAUACAAGGAAUCUUAAUAGAACAGCUACUAGUAUAUUAAAAACGAUCGACAUGUUAAGAACAAAUAAGUACAUCCAGAAACUGUCGACAGACAUGGAAGCUACGAGAACCGCUCUCGAAAGCGAGCACAAGUUACAGUUAUUGCAGAUGCAAGCGAUCAAUGCAUUGUGGAAAAAAGUGGUCAGUCUGCAACCGGGCGGCAAUCGAGAAAACACCUUCAGUGAUACGGACAAUGCUCUGCAACCAAAUGCUGACGUAGUCAAUAAUCUCGCGCAAACAUGCAAUCUGCUCCAUACCCAGGUCCAACAGUUGCAAGACUCAAUGACCGAGAUAAAGCGUUGCAUGUCCAGCAUGAAGCCGAAACCCGCUCUCGUCGAUAAUGGCGUUGCUACUCAAACAGAGAUAUCUGCCGUGCAUACACCGGCAGGCGAAGAGAACACGUUUCCCUAUGGACGUCCUAAUAGACCGCAAAGUCUGCCGAUACAUCAAACGAUACACGAGGGAAUCGAGAACAAAAGUUUUGCGUCAAAUUUGGUGGACAGCGUGCUGAAGAAAGUGUCGCACUCCACCGACACAACGGAUGACGAGGUCAAUACAGAUAUCUUGAAUUCCAACGAAAAUCCUGAGGUGUUAAACUCGAACGAGAAUCCCGAGAUGUUCAAGAGUUGCGAGGAGAUAAUAGAAUCCGACCUCAAGCAAGCGGUUGAGAAUGAGACGGUGAACGACUACGAAAAUAUAAUCGAGAACGCGGCGAUAGACGGUGAGGUAUGCGAGGAAACAUUGUGUAAGGAGUUGCAUAAUUUGAUUGAAACGGAAAAUGGAGCAGACGCUUACGGAAACCGCGACGAUAACGCGGUUAAUGGGGACGACAAGGAAGUCUGCUAGAUUUGACUUUGUUGAAUCAAAUUUCCGCACCAUAUGCCUUGUGAAUGACGCAAUGAUGGUAAAACGGUACGUGCGAAGCGAAGGAAAGCGAACGUCUAAAAAAUGCUCACUGUAAAUAACAAAAGCUAAUUGUAUUCGUAACAAUAUUAUAAAAUGGAAUUUAAUUUUAAUCGUGAACCGUUUUACUACAAAAGAAAAAGAGAGAUACUUUGAACACGAACAACAAGCUGCCAUUCUGACCGAAUAAAGUAUCUAUGUAGUUUAAGUAAAACAGAUAGAUAAGAACAGUGCAGUAUAAAUUAUAUCAAUGACUAUAAAACGUUUGUCAGCUUGUGCAACUUUCGGUUUAGAUUAUAAAGUAUAUUCUGUGAAACAUUCGCAUUGCAUAUUUGCGUAUUGUCGUAAAGAAUUUCAGAAAUUUUCCGUCCGAUUUUUGACGGUAGUAUAUACAAUCGCAUAAAACAUAUAGUAAAUAUUUUAUCAGACUGGCCAUUAGAGUUUCCAAACAUUCCAUUAAUUUUAUCUGUAACUAACUCUCUUACCUCAAUAGAAUAGUUUUACAUUCUCCCAGGAAGUUAUAUUUAACAUUUUAAGAAACAAGUUUUUUUUAUUAAAACACCUCUCUGCACCAAAUAUAUAUUUAUUAUCAAUUAAGUAUAUCUCUACUUUAUAAGUUUCUAGCUCUUAUAAGUAAACUUUGGUAUUUAAUUUAUUUAUUUAUUCGUCUACAUAUAAAGAAGCGUUACUUUUAAAAUAGUAGAUAUAUUGAAGUAUUGAGAAAGAAUAGCAAAAAUAUGAUUGAAUCUAGUCAAUAUAGAGUAGCUUUUACAUUUAGAUACAAUGUAGAUAUUCCAGAAUUGUUAAAUAGAUACUACUCAACGUUAUGAGGUAAAACGUUCAUUUCAACCUAUUACAUCGUUAAACAGCAUGAUUGAAGAUGAAAAUGUAACUGCUUUUCUGUAACUAUCAAUUUCAUGAUUAUUUAUGUGCGAUAAAUAAUUGUUGAUUGAACAAUUUAAUAUUCUGCGAACUACGCACACGCGAGCUUAAUAAAUUAAUACUGUACAUCA